UGAAACCAAAAGUAACUGUCAUUCAGCUACAAAAAUGAAUCCGGAUGACAGUGAGGUAAAGUCUCCAACAAUACAUGUCAUCCGUGAAGUAUACGAUAGUGGAAAUGCACACGAGAGUUUUGAAGCAGAAUUAGAUAAAGCUUUGGAAGCUAAAGUAGAUUAUAUAAUAAUUGAACCAACACGUUUAGGAGAUGAAACUGGACGAUGGAUAACUGUUGGAAAUUGUUUAUAUAAAACGGCUGUGUUAUCUGGCCUGUCCUCUGUUGUAUCAGGAUUAAUAUGGCAAGAUAGGCCAGUUUUUUCUGCGCCAUUGUGCGCUGUUUCAAUAUUUUGUACUGGUUUAUAUGCAGUUUCUUGGAUAUCAGAUCCAUGCUGCCAAUAUCAAGUGGAAAAAGAUCCAAAAAAACUAGCGAAUGUACCAAAAUUAAGUGAAUUUUCAUCACCAGUAGUUCUAGCAUUAAAAGAGAAUAAAAAGGCAAAAUAUUUUCAUCGUGGUGUAACGUUAAUAGCAUCAGCAUUUUGUGCAUGGCAAAUUUAUAAGGCCUACAAGUAGUAGUUUUUGUUUUUAUUUAAUUAAUAAUUUAACAAGAAAAAGAAAAAUGAAAUUUAAAAAAAUAAUUUAAAACAAAUUCGUUACUUUUCAGAAAUUAAAUUGUGUAAAAAGAAUUAAGUUUUAAAUAUGGAAAAGAAAAAAAUUUAUAAAUAUUAAAAGUAAAAAAAACAGAAACAAUAUAGAAAAAAUAUUUUAGUAGGGGAAUUAAAUUAAAAAAAAGAAAAAAAAAUUUUUUCAAUUUUUUUUUUUUUUUUUUUUUUUUGCAUUAUCCUUGACGAUUAUGUCUAAAAGAGAACAAUUCCAGUAAAGAAAGGACUGAGUUUUUUUUAGUAGUGGAUAUUAGAUUAUUAAGCUGUAAAUUCUGCAGUUUAAUAUAAUUUUAGUGCUUUUUUUUUUUGUAAAAAUAAAUUUAUCAGUUCCCAAAAUAAUUUUUAAAAAUAUUUAAUUUUAUCCAUUUCUUAUUUUUUCCAAUUAAUUCAUUUAUUUAUUUUUUUUUUUUUAAUCAUUUCAGAAAAAUUGAAGACAAUAUUUUAAUAGACUGCAUUUUAUUUUAUAGUCUAUUUAAUUGUCUUUGAUUUUUCUAUAAAAAUGUGAGUGUGAUUUUUCUACUUACACUUCAAUGUAUUUUAUAAGAUUUUACUAACUAUCCUAUAUUACCAUUUUUGGGCUUUUUUGUUUUGAUGACAUUAUAUGAAAACAAAUGUUAUUUAAAAAAAUAUUUUAAAAAUAUUAGAUUUAGCAUUUCUUUUUCUUUUUUUUUUUUCAUUUUCUUAAAGCACAAAUCCAGCAAAAAGAGAAAAAUAAAUCUGUAAUAUAUUUUGAUAAUAUGUAAGAUAAAAAAAAAAAGAAAAUUGUACUGACUCACUUUAAAAAAGGAAAAUUAUAAAAAUUUUUUUUAAUAAUGAAAAAAUUUAAGAUACAGUUAAUUAUAAUUGUUGAAUCA